GGCUUCCAUCUGAGCUCGGCUCCCUGUGCGUCGUGGGACUCGUAGUCUUUCCGGGCCAGCGAUUAGUUUGGCCUUGAAGGAGCCAGGACUACAAGUCCCACAAUGCCGCAAGGUAACUGGCUGGCCGUUCCUUUUGAAUGAUUUCACUGCGGUUUACAUUCCCAGCUUGUUGAGCAGCAGGAGGGCGCAGACAUCAUGGUGUAAGGAGCUGCCAGAUCGCUGGCGUGUGGGGCAGGGCGAUCAGAGGCGCAGGGAGCCGGCCCAUUUAAUGGCAGCCUGGGCAAGCUGCGCUGGAGGGCAGAUGGCCAUGGUAGCUCCAAGCUUAACGUGGUUGUAAAAGCUGCGGAAGAGAAGGGGGGGCGGGUGUUGCCGCUGGAGCCAUACUGCUGCUGUCGCUCUCUGCCGCAUUUCCUCCCUUCUGCCCCGUUUGGAACCCCCCCCCGCACCCGUGUCCGCCAAGAUGUCUCUAGCCAUGGAAGAGGAAGAGUACACCAAGUUGGUGAUGGAGUCGGAGCCCGAGUGGCUCCGCACGGAGAUCAAGCGGCUCUUCCAAGAGCUGGGCGAAACCACCCGGGAGAAGAUCCAGGCGGCAGAGUACGGGCUGGCCGUGCUGGAGGAGAAGCAGCAGCUGAAGCAGCAGUACGAGGAGCUGGAGGUGGAGAACGAGACCAUCCGGACCGAGAUGGAGCAGCUGAAGGAGGCUUUUGGGCAGGCUCACACAAACCACAAGAAAGUAGCAGCAGAUGGAGAAAGCAGAGAAGAAACCUUGAUUCAAGAGUCUGCCACAAAGGAGGAAUACUAUAUGAAGAAAGUCAUGGAACUGCAGACAGAGCUAAAGCAGCUGAGGAACGUCCUUGCCAACACCCAGUCUGAAAAUGAACGCUUGAAUUCUAUUGCCCAGGAACUGAGAGAGAUAAAUCAGAAUGUGGAGCUUCAGAGGGGCCGCUUGCGAGAUGACAUAAAAGAGUAUAAAUUCCGAGAAGCUCGUUUGCUGCAAGAUUACACUGAGCUUGAGGAGGAGAACAUAUGUCUUCAGAAGCAAGUGUCUGUUCUGAAACAGAAUCAGGUGGAAUUUGAAGGGCUGAAACAUGAAAUCAAGAGGCUUGAAGAGGUUACUGAAUUCCUCAACAGCCAGCUAGAAGAUGCCAUAAGGUUGAAAGAGAUAUCUGAACGCCAGCUUGAGGAGGCCUUAGAGACCCUGAAGACUGAACGAGAACAGAAGAAUAACCUUCGGAAGGAGUUGUCUCAUUAUAUGAAUAUCAAUGAUUCCAUGUAUACCAGCCACUUGAACUUCUCUUUGGAUGGACUGAAGUUCAGCGAUGAAACCACAGAGCCCAAUAAUGAUGAAAUCGUGAAUGGCUUUGAACAGAACUGCCUGAGUAAAAUCAACAAUGGCAAUAAUAAAGCAUCAACGCCCAAGAAAAAUGAAAGCUUCCCUCCAGCACCUAGUCUUGUGUCUGAUCUCUUGAGUGAGUUGAAUAUUUCUGAAAUCCAGAAGCUGAAACAGCAACUUAUGCAGAUGGAAAGGGAAAAAAUAAAUUUGUUGUCUACGCUCCAAGAGUUUCAAAAACAGCUGGAGAACACCCGAGGAGCUCUGGCUGAGCAGAAUGAGAAGGUUGGCAGGCUCACGGAGAACCUCAAUGCCAUGAAAAAGCUCCAGGUCAGCAAGGAACGCCAGUCUGCUCUUGACAAUGAAAAGGAACGUGAUAGCCAUGAAGAUGGAGAUUAUUAUGAGGUUGACAUCAAUGGCCCAGAGAUUCUGGAAUGCAAGUAUAAAGUGGCUGUGGCAGAGAUUAGUGACUUAAAAGAAGAGCUUAAAGGCCUGAAAGCUAAAUAUGAAGAGUGUGAAUCAAAGUAUGAAGAGGAGAAGAACAGAUAUGAGACAGAAACGCAAGCUCUGACAGAAAAAAUCACCUCACUGGAAAAAUCUAGCAGGCAAGAUAGGGAGCAGGUAGUCAGAUUGGAGAAGGAACUCAAGAAAGUAAGUGAUGUUGCUGGAGAAACACAGGGAAGCCUCAGCGUAGCCCAGGAUGAACUGGUCACCUUCAGCGAGGAGUUAGCCAACUUGUACCAUCAUGUCUGCAUGUGCAACAAUGAAACUCCAAACCGGGUGAUGCUGGAUUACUACAAAGAGGGUAAAGGAGGGCGUACCAGUCCAGAGGGCAAAGGCCGCAGAUCGCCAAUCCUGCUAUCUAAAGGCUUGUUGUCUAUAGACUUAGGAAAAUCAGAGAAUGGGAGUGGUGACAGUAGUCCUUCGCCAGUGUCAUCUCUGCCAUCACCAGUAUCUGAUCCCCGGAAGGAACCCAUGAACAUUUACAACCUAAUUGCCAUCAUCCGUGACCAGAUUAAGCAUCUACAGGCAGCAGUAGACAGAACAACAGAACUGUCUCGGCAGCGGGUGACCACCCAGGAACUUGGGCCAGUAGUAGACAAAGACAAAGAGGCUCUUAUGGAGGAAAUCCUGAAGCUGAAGUCUCUGCUAAGCACCAAGAGAGAACAGAUAGCAACUCUGAGGACUGUGCUAAAGGCCAACAAACAGACAGCAGAAGUUGCCCUUGCCAACUUGAAAAGCAAAUAUGAAAAUGAAAAGGCCAUGGUUACGGAGACAAUGAUGAAGCUGCGUAAUGAACUGAAGGCUUUAAAAGAAGAUGCUGCUACCUUCUCUUCUCUGAGGGCCAUGUUUGCUACCAGGUGUGACGAAUAUGUCACUCAGUUGGACGAAAUGCAACGCCAGCUGGCUGCAGCUGAAGAUGAGAAGAAGACACUGAACUCCUUGCUUCGUAUGGCCAUUCAGCAAAAGCUGGCUUUGACCCAGCGCCUUGAGCAUCUUGAGCUGGACCAUGAGCAGUCCAAAAGGGUGCGCACAAAAUCUGCUUCCAAAGCCAAGGGUAGUAAUCCCAGUGUAAGUCAUAUACGAUCAUGUGGAGACAGGUCUGAAGGAUCUGUGCUUAAUAACCAGGUGUUUUGCAGUGAGAAGUAUAAGAUCUAUUGUGAUUAAGAAGGCAAAUAGGAGGCCAUAAAUAUGCAUCUGAUGUUUGUGCUGUUUGAAUGUCAGCAUAAAUCCCCACUAUAUUAAUGUUGCGGUGAUGCAUGGAUUUGUACUAGUAUGUUGUUAAACCAUGUAAUACAGGCUGUAUUAUAGUGGUCUUAACUGUAACUGAUUCGCAAGUAUGGGGCGGGGGAGAUGCUGUUAACAAGUUAAUGAUGGGAAAGCACGUGGGCUGUUUUGCUGUUAUAGGGGUAAGUGUUAAAGAUGCAUACCAGGUAUACUAUACCUGGUGUUACUAACAGUAGCUCGUACGGCACAGAUGUGAUCCUUUCCUCUGGGUUAUAAGCAUUCUUCAGGUAAUGGAGAUAAUUUCACUGGCAAAAGCAUCUCCUUGCUUAAUAUGUUUGAAAAGUGGUGAAAUGCAACACUUAAAAAAUAGGUUUGUAACAUGGGUAUUAAGAAACUGUGUUUAAAACCAGAACCAACCCCUAAAUUAAAUCGGCUGUGGCAGGUAGUUGCUGUCAUUAUUGCCACGUGGCAAAAUCCAAAAGGCUUUUUUAUAAGCUAAAAAUGCUAAUACAACCUAGUAGGAAGGAUGCUUUCUAAAACCCUCCGGAUUUCUGCCCUGCUUGGCUUCAGAGGGCUAACCUGUAAAAAAUUGCACAAUUAAAGAAGAGAGAGAGAGAGAACGAGAUAAUGCAGUUUUGCCUGUUCUGGAACAAAACUUCACACAAAAACAAAAUUCAGAUCUCAAUUCUUCAGAACAGUUAAGUUGUGGACAAUACCAUAUACUGCAAAGAUUUCUGUAGUAUCAUGUUGUUGUCGCUUCUGGCAGUGCAUCAUGCCAGGUAGACGGUGCAUUGCAUAUUAGGCACUAUUCAGCCAAAGUUAACCUAAUUUUAAAUCUCUUUGAUUUUUAGUGAGAAAGUUAAUAAUAAUAAUAAAAAGCUCAACUCUCUUCAGUUGCAAUCAGUGGGAUUUAAGGGACUCAAGGUCAUGCUCAUUAUUACUAUAUCUGCACAGGAUAUGUGUACAGAAUUAAUAGGAGUGUGUUCUAGUAUUGUCAAGUUGCAAUGCAGUUCUCCUUAACUGUCAGUAUUAAGGCUUAAUAGGAUAGUAUUACAGAGCUCUGUCUUUUGUUUAAGCAAAAAAUUAAAUAAAUUUGCAUUUCUUAUGCAAGCACAUCUUUCACAGGGCUCUACAUUCUAGGCACAGGAAAUAAAAUAACCAGUGCAUUCUUGCUUAUACAUAAUUAUGAAGUAGGUUAGCAUAUACUUCUUCAUCUAUAAAAAAAGAUAAUUUGUCAACUAUUGAACUUUUAAGUGGCCUUUUUAGCCGCUUAAUUUCAAUAUGUUUGAUUUUUUUUAAAAAAAAGUGUACGUCAUAAUUGGUGCCUAUAGAAGUGGUAAAGAUACAAGACUGGGGGAAAUGAUGCUUUUUAAAUUGUGGUAAAUUUAAGGAGCACAAUAAGGCACAUUUUUAAAAAAGAAAAAGAAGAAACAAAAGAAUUCAAAAGUGCCUAGCCUCAAACUUUAUUUUAAUGUAAAGCCCUGUUCAUUUUGUACUCUUUUCAAAUAACUUUGUAUGCUUAGAAUAUUACUAAGAAGUAAUGCAGGACCGCACAGCUAUGGCUGCUGACAGUAAUAUUUCCCCUCACCCAACACCAUGCUGAUAAUAACAGUCUUAGUGUUCUACUGCCUCACCUUACUUUACUGUUUCUUUGUAGAUGAUCAGCAGCUUGCUUCCUCUGUAUUGCCACUCUGCCUAUAAAGUAGUUAGGAGAUAUAACAAUGUUACUGUAAGGUAAUAAGGGGAGUGUUGCCUGAUUUUUUAGCAGAGGGAAGUCAAGUGGUUCUUGGACCUCUCAAGAGAUUAGGGACAAAAAACAAAUUCUGCAAAAAUUGCAAAAAAAAUUUCCAGAGCAGAAGAAUCUAGCAGCUAGAAAUCAGACUAUUGAAGUUAUACCUAAUGAUAUAUAAAUGAUCCAGUUUCAAUGUAUUAGUGAAGAAUCAGCUAAUACAAGGGGAUUAAAAAUAGAUUGAGUAGUGUCAGAAUGGCAAGCCCUAUAUGUCUCACCUUAUUACCGCAUUUGCAGAAAAGACUAUUCUCCUAAUUUUGAGCUUUAAUAUUGCUAUUUUAGCAGGCUUUGAUAUUUUUUAGAUGUAGAACACCUUUUAACAAUGUUCAGUCCUGCUUUUCUCCUCUUUGAUGCACAAUAAUCCAAAAGGCCUUUUGAAUCUCAAACGCACAGACACACACACACACAGACUCCUUUUAAAUAAAAGAAAAUGCCUUGGGAAUAACUAGGCUUUUAGAAUACUAAGUUGUUUCGCUCCAUUAGAAGCAGUGGUCGCUACUGCUUCCACAUUGAUGAGGAGCCAGUAAUAAUCCUUCCAAACAUAUCCUUUUCUCUGGUGGUGCCCAUAACACAGAAUACUCGGGGAGGAGAGAGAAAAGGAAAAUUUAAGCAAUCAGCUGCAUGGGCAAGUUUUCAAGUUAACAUAAAUGAAAAAGGGAGGUUUCAGUGUUGUGAGAUGGUGACAGUGUCGCUAUCAGUGUUAGUUCAUAUUGCUAAAUACAAUAUAUUUACUGUUUUCAGCAGGCUUACCAAUAAUUUCCAUGGUUAUCUCUACCAUUGGUUUACAACCACAAUGGCUUCGGUCUGUUGAACCUUCCACCAUUUUAUCUCUGGAGCAUUCAGAGUAGCUGUACUUAGUAAGUAGACUGUGCCCUUGAUAGCCCAGCUACACUCUGAUAUUUGUCAGUCUCAUGUGUCCAAAUUGGUUCUAAACCUGCUAGAAAGAGAAACUGAGUAAUACCCAAAAGAUCAUGUGCAUAAGCUUAGAUAAAGAUAUUUUGAGUAGGCUUGCACUUGUGUUAUCAGCUUCCUAAAACUAACUUCUGCUAUAUCCAUGUCUAAUAUUUUUGCUGUCACUGAAUUGGGAUACAGCAUGGAAAACAUACUAAGCCAUCACCUACCUCUACAAGCAGGACUUUUCUCCUGAAUGAUUUACUGUUCUCUUCAUUGGCUGGCAUGAUACACUGACUGACCUGCAUGUUUCUGGAGAGGUUAUGCUUCAUUGAUAAGUUCUGUUGCGUACUCACCGCUGUUUACUUAUGCUUGCGCAGCAUAUUGAUUCAGGACUUGUAAGAAACUUUUCUUCCUGCACAGCUUUUGCUAACAAGUGGUGCAUCAAAGCAUUGUUUGAGAUGCUUGAAAAGCACACGUGACUUAUUGGCUGCUUUAGCUUAGAAGACUAACAGAUGUCCUUCAGCCAACUAAUGUACUAUGGAGCUCUUCCAGCACACCCACAUCUGUAUUUGAAGUUUUCCGUUCUUGAAUUGAAGAAUAAUGAUCAAGGUUUUUUUCAUUUCUAAUGUUUUUGUUUUUGUUUUUACUCUCCACUUUUCAGCUGUAGAGUAGCUCCUGGAGAAGCCCAUUGCAACAGUGCAACUUCGUAUCUUAGCCUGUGUCGUUGUGGUUAGAAUUGGUGGUAACCCGUUGCACAAAGAAUGAAAACCACUGACAGUGAGCCUGUCUUCCCCGCCCACUUAAAGCAAAACCACAUAAUUUUCAAUAUGCAACCUGCUUUGUUGGGUUUUUUUUGGCAUAUUAUCUCUUGAUACAAAGAAAAUAAAGCUUUAUUCUAUAAGUGCUGCUGCAGGAAGAAAACUUACAAAUGCUGAAGAAACCUACUUCAUCUGAUAAUUGUCAUGGUAGCUUAUUAUAACCUAUUAGAUUCUCAUGGGUAUUUUUUUUUAAUUUCAUUAUAGAGCAUCCAUUUAAAACAACAACAACCAACAAUGGUCUGGUUAUUUAAACCUGUGCACUUUUAAUAUUUUGAUAUUUACUUUAAUGUCUUUUUAUUCUUUUUGUAGAAGAGUUUAUAUUAAAGGGGGGAAAAGUCCAGUGGCUUUUGCUCAUUGUCUCUCUCCAUUUUGGGCUUGUGCUUGAUGUUUUCCCAUCCUCAUGUGGCAGAGUUUAUACUAUAUUGUUUUGCUCUACAUUGUGUUUAGAGAAGAACUUCAUCCCAAACCAGGAGUUCUGCUAAACUAUAUAUGUGCUGUGCAUCAGCAGCUUUUUCUUUCUUAUAAAAUGUUGAGCUUUAUCUGUUUUAAAUUACUGAUUUUUAACUGCCAUGUUAAUUGAGAAAUCCAGGGUAUUCAAAUUCUGGGGUUUUUUCAUAUUGUAUUAUUAUUCUUAGGAAUAGUUCAAUGUAACAAGAAGAAAACUUGACUUUGCUCUGGUUAAAACAAUUAUAGGCACUUGAAGAGAAAUAUUAGUGUUACCUAUAAAUUCCAGAAUGUCUGGGUUUUAGGAAAAUGGCGUAUGAUUGAUUAACAGAAUUUUAUACAACUAUACCACUUAAAUUCCAAAUUGGAAUUGUUUUUGUUACUACUUUGUUUUAUUGUGCCAUAUUGUGGUACAUUUUUGAAAGACAAAUUCUAAAGUUGUCAGUGCUAGGGUGUUCUAUUUCAGCGCCUUUUUGUGAUUUAAUUGUUGCCAGUAGUGCCUUUCAUAAUUUUAAAGGGAGGAGCCUAGGCUAGCUUAGUCUGUCUGAGAAGAAAGGAACCAUGGUUUUGAAACCUAAUAAUGAUGUGGAGCAAUAAUUGCAAAGUGAACUUCCCUACCACACAUUUUUUUAAUGGGUAGACCUCCUAUAGAGAUGAUAUAUGCGCAAAUUGUAAAAAAUUCUGUUAGUCAAUGAUACUUCAUCAUGCAAAUUCAGGGGCAUAGAACAAAAUAACAAACACAACUAUAAAAAAAAACCCCACAAAACCACCCCGACAUCCUUUGCAAACCAAAUGGACUUUAUGGAACAAAAUAAUAAGCAAGAUGUAAUAACACAUUUGUGAUUGCAGUACAGAUGUUGUUUGGAGAAUAUUGGUGUGCUGGUAGCUUUGUAUGGUGGUGGAUCAGUUAACCAUAGUAUUGUUUGCAAACGUGAAGAAGAAGAAAAAACAAAACAUUUAAUAUUUUUCUCUUGCAUGUUGUAUCUAAUCCAUGGUAAUUUCAGGAAACAGAAACUGAGAUGUGACUCAGCAAAGAUAGGCCUGCUGGUGCUAUUCGUUGAAGGUAAUUUUGAAUGAUUAAAUUUGGUACUUUUCAGGGGAGGAGAAACUACCUUCCUUUCAAAAAAAAAAAAAAAGAGUGGAAAUUGUAAUAAUAAAUGUCAUGGCAAAAAGCUUUCUGUUUGCUGGAAGAAACUUUAUUAUUCCUAGAGGUGGGGACUUAUAUUUUCAACUUUUUUGUUACAGUAUUGACUCAUAAGUGGUAUGAUUACAUUUAAAAUUACAUCUCUAUGUGGGUAUUUAUUUGAAAUGUCAAAGUACUGUAUUACGUUUUUAUGUGCAUUAUCUUUAGUGGUGGAUUGGUCUUUGUUUCAUUGUCAUAUGCAUGUACUCUUGCCAAGUAACCUUUACACAGACCUGGAAAAAAAGUUAAUAUAAUUGCUUAAAAGGAAAAUGUGGAAACUGAUUAAGGUACAACUCUUGUGUUAAUUUGAUAAUUUUAGGAGGUGUAGAGGACAAAAAAAAGUUAAUUCCAAUUAAUAAGAAAAGAGUGCAUAUUUUGUAGGAAAGCAAUCUACCUGUGUAAAGGUAGUCAUACUGGCAGUAUCAAUAAAGGAGAAAG